ACAGAAUACGCCUCAUCCCCCGUCGGAUAAAUCACGGUGGAGCGAACAGGGCGAGAUUAACCCGAGCAGCCUACGUUGGGCCGUGUCCGUCGUGUGUAAUAUGCGGUAAGGCGCAGACAUGGACUUCUACAUCAACCUGAAGGUGAAUUUCAGAGGAAAUUCCAAGAAUUUCCUCCUGUCUGGAUCCGAAACCAAGAGCUGGGAGUCGAUGGAGGCCAUGGUGAAGCGUUCCUUUGGCCUGUGCAGUCUUCAGCUGACAUAUUUCGAUGAGGAGAACGAGGAGGUGUCCAUCAACAGCCAGGCCGACUAUGAGGAGGCAUUGAAGAGUGCAGCGAGGCAGGGGAACCGGCUCCACAUGAACGUGUACGAGACUCGAGGCCAGCCGGCGAGGGUCCCUACCACCAAGACCAGCAACACGGAGCCCAAGAGGGGCUUCAGACCCCCCCAGCACUGCCCCGCUCUGACCCAGGUGGUCAGCCGCAAAGUGCAGGCUGCGGUGCCAGAGCAGGGCAUGAUGAUCCUGAAGGAAGUGAAGGGAACCAAAGAAGAAGACAAGACCCCUCCAGCCUGGUUCACCUCGUACAUGGAGAAGUUUAAGGACCAGGUGGUGCGUGAGGCGGUGGAGAAGAUCUGCCGUGAGUUCUCCGGACAGUGCUGCAUCCACAAGCCCCUGGGAGGAGGAGUAGGAGGUGGGGGAGGUAGAGGGGAGGCUGCAGGAGGAGCGGAGGCCCAGCAGGUCCCUGAGGUCUCCUCCUCCACUCUGCCCGGAGCUCCAUCCUCCUCCACCCCUCCCUGCUCCUCCUGCCGUGGGCAGACCACCGGGGGAGGCUACCAGUGCAGUGUGUGUACGUCGUGUACUCUGUGCGAGCCCUGCAGCUUCGCUCAUGAUCCCAGUCACAACCUGGUGAGAGCCCGGACUCCUCUGUCCAUCCCAGAACACGGAUCUCCCGCUCCGGACCACAGCAGGUUCUACAGGCGAGGGGACCGCAGUUUCCGAAAGGCGGAAAAGCAACGUCUGAAAGCGGAGAAGCGCCUGCUGAAGGCUGAGGUCAAAGAGAUCCGGAAACAGCUGAGGAUGGAGAGGCGGGGCAUACAGUGGAGCUCCUCACACCGCGAGGGAAACUCCUCCCCCGUCCUGCUGCAGCCUCGAGCCACUCAGCACAACAGCCCCGAGCGUCCAAAGCGUCCUUGUCCCCUGGUGGUUCCAACCAUGACGGCCACUUUUCUGGAUGAGAACCUUCCAGAUGGAACCAGACUACGCCCAGGGACCAAGUUCAUCAAGUACUGGAAGAUGAGGAACACUGGGACAAUCAGCUGGAGUGCCGAUACCAAGCUGAAGUUCAUGUGGGGAAACCUGGCAGUGGGUUCUGGGGAUCGUUGGAGAGAAGUGUCCGUCCCGUUCCUCCAGCCAGGACAGGUUGGUAUCGUGAGCGUAGCGCUGUGUGCCCCCGGGGUGGAGGGCUCCUACACCUCCCACUGGCGUCUGGCCCACGGCGGAGAGCAGUUUGGCCCCAGGGUGUGGUGCAGCAUCGUGGUGGACCCUCUGGCCCCGGCCCCCAUGAUGGCUGACGGGAUCCUGGUGUCACCCUGCGUCACGCCGCAGGGUAAGAACCCGGUGGUGAAGGAUGGAAAGGCCUGUGCCGCUCCGGAGCAACCGUUGAUGUCCGUGGACCAAGAGGAGUACUACAUCCCCUCUGUGGACCUGCUCACUGCUCAAGAUCUGCUGUCUUUCGAGCUGUUGGACAUCAACAUCGUGCAGGAGCUGGAGAGUGUCCCCAACAACACGCCCGCUGACAUGACCCCAUGCAUGUCCCCUCUGCCUCAAGAUGGCCACCUGCAGGACAAAAGCAGUCCCUCUCUGGGUCUCAUCCACGAAGAGACGGAAGUCAUCAAUAGCAUUAUGGAUGUCCCUCAUGGGGCGGGAUCCGGAGCAGAGGGGGGAGGAGUCCCGGCUCAGGAGGAAGGGGAGGAUGACAUCAGCGGGACUCAGUUUGUUUGUGAGACUGUGAUUCGCUCAAUGACCCUUGAGGAGGCCCCAGACCACGCCCUUCUGAGAGGGCCCCGCCAGGGGACCGGUAAAGUGGUGCGUCCUGCUGCUCAGGGCGGCUCCUCCUCCUCCUCUUCCUCCUCCUCCUCCUCCUCCUCCUCCUCCUCUUGUGUGAAGAGUAAAGCAAUGAGGACAGAGGAGAGCGAAGACUGCAGCCCCAGCACCUCUAACCUCAUAGCCCCCGCCACACUGAAGGCUUCCCUCCCUCCCCCUAUCAAAGCCUCGCUGCCUGCUCCCCUGGUUGUGGCACCGGCUCCAGGACCGAGCUCUGCACCGACCCCGCUCCUUGCCCUGCCCGCCUCCACCCUGCAGGAGCACACAGCCACAGCCGAAGCUGCGGAGGCCGACAUGGAGUCCAGGGUGAAGGAGAGAGAGAAGGGGUCGGAGGAGGGGAAGGAGAAAGAAGGAGAGGAGAAGAGAGAGGGGAGGAGGAGCCGGUCCUCCUCUACCUCCUCAGAGGAUUACAUCAUCAUCCUCCCAGACUGCUUCGACACCAGUCGGCCGCUAGGGGAGUCCAUGUACAGUUCAGCUUUGUCUCAGCCUGGUGACAUCCCAGCCAAGACCCCCACAGACCCAGAAACUCCAUCGCCCGACCAACCAGGCGCCCCCAACCCCGAGGGGGAGAUGGAUGAGGCAGAUGAGGCCGCGGCGGCGUUAGUGUCGGGCAACAGCAGCGCCAACGACAUGCUCUGCACGUCCCAGACGCUGGACGACGAGCCGCUGACGCCUGAAGUGGUGGCCCUGACCACCGUCACCCCGAGUCCAGAUAGCGGUGGAGAGACAGAUGUAGAGCCUGCUGCUGCUGAGGGAGAAGCGGAUGGCUCUGAACUGUACCGAACUGAGGGCGCAUCCGGUCCUGAACAGACUGAUGAUAAUGAAGCUACUGGAGACACAGGGGAGGACAACCCUGAGGACCCCAGGCACCCAGGCAUCACCAGCGGCCUGGUGAAGGGAGCGCUGUCAGUGGCUGCUUCGGCCUACAAAGCUCUGUUCACUGGACAAGGCCCCACACAGCCUCCUGUGGAUGCGUCCACCCAGGAGACCAUGAUGGCCGUGCUGGUGGAGAUGGGUUUCGGGGACCGGCCUCUGAACCAGCGGCUGUUAAAGAAAUACAACUUCGUCCUGCUGGACGUGGUGAACGAGCUGGUUCAGAUGACUGACAAUGACUGGUACUCGACACGCUACUGACAGGAGCGAGAGGAAGAGGAGAAGAGGAGAGGAGACCAGAGAUGAUGGAUGAAGAGAGAUUAGAGGAGAGACUGGAGGAGAGGAUUUGUUUCAGCCCAUCUCCCUUUUUGCCUUCCUCUUUCUACACUUCUCUCUUCUGAUUGGUCCAGUUGGAGGGAGAUCAAUCUUCUCUAUGACCAUAUAAUGAGACAUUCCAGCAAACUCUCUGGGAUAUCGUGAGCAUCAAACAAUAUCUGUGGAGUUACCUUUAUCUUAGGCUGCUUUGCACUGGAAUUAUAGAGAGAUAACAGACAGCGCUAUGUGUAGCAUUUAGCAUUUCCCAAAAUCAAGAUCACAUUUCCCAUGAGCCCCACUGCAGCCUGCAACAAAACCAUUGGUCCAUUUCUUUUAGAAACCAACAAGAACUACACAGUUGGUAAAAGCUUUCAGGAGCAGAAAAUAUGUACUUACAUGUGACACAGUAUGCUAACAGGAUCAAAUAUGACACUGUUCCAACCCCAUGGUGUAAAGUAAUCUAACUUUAGCUUUAAAUAUUCCCAAAUUGUGGUUAUGCUUUGUUAGCAUUGAAAUGCUACACAUAGCAUAUUCCUGCUUUGCCCUUUAACCUGGGACAUUGAUACAGAACAAAGCAGAGAGGUUAUACUUGGCGUGAUUCACUCCACGGUCACUUUGGUUACAAUAGUCACACCUCAUAGAUGGUCACACACGAAAUAUCCAAUUCCGUGCACCAAACAGCUCAGAGCACUGAUCUACUUCCUUUAACAUCACGCUGUGUUAGCAUGGUGGCUCCUGUGUUGCUGGGUGCAGUCUCUAAAAUGCUAGCAGGUUGGAUGAGUUGCUUUUUGGCACGUUCAACAUCGUCUUUAUGUCAUGUUUGUGCAAAAUUCAGAGUCCCCAAUGUAGAUUUUCCAGGGAUAAAUUGGAUGUAAUGUAGGAAAACAAACUGGUUCUGGGCACAACACUUGGUGACGUUGCUAAUAUAGGGUUGUGGCAAUUUAAUACUUUGAGCUCUGGUUCUGUAAUUCUAAAAUGUAAUUUAUUAAGAAAAGCUUCCCUUUCAUACUUUGGCUUUGUCAGAUUAUCAAAUUCUUGUGUGCCACACAGUAGACAAGCCGUGCCCAAGACACAGCGAGCAGCAGUGCUUUGAAUUAGUCUAGCUUGGUCAGGUUUGGGUCUUGUCUUGUGUCCGGGUCCAUAAUUCAACAGUCCCAGUUUGGUUCAGUCGGGUCAGGACUAAAGAUGCAGAUAUGAGGGAGGUUCAGGUUUCAGCUUGGCCUCUAUAUUACUCAAUUUAAAGUCUUGAAGAUUUACCUAGUACAAUCACCCUGGUUAGGGUAUGGGAGCAUAUCCACCAUGUACUGUAUAUAAGUCAAUAUAAGGAUGUGUCAUUUUAUAAAUCAAACAGUAGGAGGGUUUUGAGAUUUUUCGAUGAUGUUACUUGUGAUGUAGGUGAGCAGUAAGGAAACACCUUCAUUUAUCAGGUAUUUAGCCAAAAGCAGACAUUUUAGCUUUAGACUGUGAUAUAGAAUUACUUUUCCUCUGGAGCACUGGAGCCACCUGCCUAUCAUUCCUGUUGGUAAAGAGCAGAGGUUUUUAAUGAGCUUGGUUUAAAAUGAAUAUAUGGGCUGCGUUAUUAUCAUUAAUUUAUUGAUUUUAUAACUGAUGUCCAUAUCACUCAAGCAUACACAUCUCUCACUGUACCGUGUGCAUAAUCUACUGAAAACCUCCCCCUUUAGACUCUGGAUUUGGAGAUGGUGUUUGCACUUAAAAGCGUACGGGACACAGUAAAAUAUAAACUCUUGCCUUUUACACACAUUCCCUGGACGGGGUUAGCUGGCUGAGGAUCCCGGACUAAAGGUCUUAUUCUUCAAAGUAACUUGUUUGUUUGAUGGGCAUUGUGCAGGAAGUUACAAACUAACACAUUUCCACGAUUUGUUCUUAUUUGUUCAGAGCCCAUUAAUAUGUGGGACUCACCACUGAUUUGUUUUACCUCUUUCUUUAAGUGAGAGAGAAAUGUACUCGUGGUCAAGAGCAGAAAAAAUAUUGUUUGCCCAGCAAAAGAAAAUAGGUUUAAAACUUGAGGAACGUAAAAAAACUGUUAAAAUAUGCAUAAAGUCUAAUGUUUGAAUAUAUUAAUUGAUGUACAUAUUUAUAGAUAUGAAUCAGCUCAAAGAUGACUUAACACACGUGACACAGAUCUUACCAGAUCAGUCAGACUGGGUGUGUGUAACGGCUGAGCUACGUUGAGUGGGAUCCCCUCAGCAGUGUGUUCUUAUCUCUGUGCAUCUUUUCCUCCGACCGAGGCUGAUCCUUAAGGAUGUGUACAUUACAGCAUUUCAAACUCAAACUGGAGUCAGUGUAAAAACGUGUUUGUUUCCCUUCACUAAUGUAAGAAUCUGUACAGAGGCCUCUAGUUGGAAGCUAUGACUAUCAGCUGAGUUUAAGAUGGUUUAGGGUGUUUUUGCUUGGAAUGCCUGAAGACUUUGGUGGUGAUGUUGUAUUUUAGGCUUAUUGUAUGGUGAUUGGAUUUCUGCUGUAUGUGUGUGUUAGUGUUUCCUUUUGUAAAAAUGUUACAAGGUUGAUAGAGGAGGAUUUGGGAUUGGAGUUGAAGACGUACUUUAAUAAACGCUUGUAGGAUUAUCAUUUUGUUCAUAUGUUAUAUAUAAAUCAGUGGUUUUAAAAAACCUUGAUAUGAUAAUUCAGCUUUUUAGUUUUUUUGCCAGGCUGCACAUUUAAAUAAAAGUCUUAGUUAAAAGGGAAUAGUUCAACUUUUAGGGAAAUAUGCUCAUUUGCCUUCCUGGACAUUGAGUUUCUACCAAACUAACGAUACAUUGUGCAUAAAGAAAAUGACCACAUAACCCUAUUUAAAUGUGUCUUGGUGAGAGAUAUUUGAAAAGCGAUUGUGAAACAUGAGGUAGGGGUUGUCUUUGGGUUUGCCCUGAGUUCUGAGUAAACAUGUUCUUCUAUAGUUUACUUCAACUCAUCCAGAGUUUCCUGUUCAUGAUGCAUCAUUUAUUCCCUGCUCUGACUCUCACCACAGUCCCUUUAAAGACAAAAAGUGGGUAUUAAUGGAACUUUGUUGCACGUGUCUGAUCCAAAGUCCUGCGCGGUGAACCUAGCUGAAAUGUGCACUGGAUAAAGGUCAACAGAUUCACAUACUGUACUGUAAGUCAUUUUGCUUUAAAUGAAUGUGUAUGUGUUCCACAAGCGACGGGCAGGGGAAGUAUUUUCAUAUUGAGGUAUGAAUACUUGUCAAGUAUUUAUGGAGGGAGAGGAAAACUGGAUAGUUUAAGCUUUUUUUUUCCGUGUUGCACUUUAUGAACAUGUACAAAUCAAUAUGCCUCCAAUUAAAGUCAUUACACUGAUAAAGAUCA